AUGCAUCCAACACCUGCUGGUGCUCAGAAGCUCCCAGGGGCAGCUGAAGUGGAGUCCGAGAAGCCCCUGUGGAGAGUGAAGGUCACUGUGAUUCUGGGAGCCCACAACAUAAUGAGGCAAGAAGAGAGCCAGCAGGUGAUCCCUGUUGUAGAAAAGGUCAUCCAUCCUAAAUAUUCCCGUAAAGACGGGAAUAAUGACAUUGUGCUGCUGAAGCUGAAGAAAAAAGCCAAGAUCAAUGAGUAUGUGCAAAAUAUCUCCUUUGCCAAGGAAAAUGAACAUGUGAGAGCAGGAGAUUUAUGCACGGUGUCUGGCUGGGGCCGGACAUCUCUGGACCCGCCGCCGAGUGAUGUCUUGAUGGAGGUGGAACUGAAGGUGCAAAAGGCAAAGAUCUGUCAGCAGUUUUUCCGUAACUACCAGCCUCAGUCUAUGAUCUGUGUUGGUGAUGAAAACCGUAAAAAAUCACCUCAGAGGGGUGAUUCUGGUGGCCCAUUAGUCUGCAAUAAGAAGGCUCAUGGCAUUGUUUCUCAUGGGUAUGAAGACGACCUCUUCCCUGAGGUAUUCACCAGGAUCUCGUACUUUGAGCCCUGGAUCCGUGAGCAGCUGAGAAGUUUUGCAAUCCAAGAUAUUCCUGGCUCUCCAUCCUCUAAAUAAAAUGCUCAUUGCCCCUUCUCCACGAUGCAUCCAACACCUGCUGGUGCUCAGAAGCUCCCAGGGGCAGCUGAAGUGGAGUCAGAGAAGCCCCUGUGGUGCAGGCACAGGCUUUGGCACUGAGUCUCCUGGCAAGCUACAAAUGCAGCUCCCAAGUACACCCAGCUUCCCAUUGCUCCCUUUCUCCCACUGCCGCUCCAGCUCUGCUUGUGGCCAUCAA